AUGGUUGUCGCCGUUACCGUUGGCGUCAGCCUCAACAAGGGCGGCGAUGACUCUGAUGGUAACGGAGAGAUAACGUCUUCCGUCAAGGCCGUCAAGGAUGUUUGUGCACCGACUGAUUACAAGAAGACUUGUGAAGACACUCUGAUCAAGAACGGGAACAACACCAGCGACCCUAUUGAGUUGGUUAAGACUGCGUUUAAAGCUACGAUGAAGCAGAUCACCGACGCAGCUAAGAAGUCUCAGACGAUGAUGGAGCUUCAGAAGGAUCCUAGGACAAGGAUGGCCCUUGACCAGUGCAAGGAGCUGAUGGAUUACGCAUUGGGCGAGCUUAGUAACUCUUUUGAGGAGCUUGGGAAAUUUGAGUUCCACAAGCUCGACGAAGCUUUGAUCAACAUGAGGAUUUGGCUCAGCGCUGCCAUCAGCCACGAGGAGACUUGUCUUGAAGGGUUUCAAGACACUAAAGGGAACGCAGGAGAGACAAUGAAGAAAGCGUUGAAGACCGCAAUCGAGUUGACACACAACGGUCUAGCGAUCAUCAGCGAAUUCCUAUUCCGAUGCGAAGGNGAUAUUUGGGUUCCAGGCAAAGGUGUUCCGUACACUCCAGGCCUUUUGGCUGCAGACCCGGCAGCCGCAACCACAACCCCUAGCGGCUCAGAUGCUCCAGGUUUUUCCUCCUUCGGAGAUACAAGUGGAACUGGAUCGAUUUCUCCAGCAGCUUCCCCUGAAAGUUCAGUUGAGAUAGUUUCAAAAGAGAGCUCUCGCACUGGCUCAAUUUCUCCAGCAGCUUCCCCUGAAAGUUCACUUGAGAUAGUUUCAAAAGAUAGCUCUCGCGCUGGCUCAAUUUCUCCAGCAGGUUCUCCAGCAACUUCUCCUGAAAGUUCAGUUAUGAUGGGUUCAGCAGAGCGCCCUGGCGCUGGCAACAUUUCUCCAGCAGCUUCCCCGGAAAUUUCAGUUAUGAUGUCUUCAACGGAAAGCUCUAUUUCGAUGGUAUCACAGUCUACCUAAAAAAGUGAUUAAGAUGUCAUAUAAUGUGUUUUGCCUUAAUCUAUUUCAAGAAAACCUGAAAGAUUAAAAAGUUUGCACAACCUUCAGGGUUACAAGUCUUCCAAAUUGUUGAGAUUAAUGUUUAGCUUUGUAAACUCAUGUUUAAUAUCCCAGUAUAUUAAAAAUGUUGUUUAUAAAUCUAUAUUAUAAUUAAACUAGUGCAUCUUGUAAACUCAUUAUUAUGUAGAAAUUAGUACGCGCGAACUGUUCCAAAGAACUUUUAUGUUUCAU